UUGCAGCUGGUUGACUGACCUAACCCAGACAGUGCUCACUAAUAGUUCCUCAGCAUCCUGGGAAAAAGUGACAAGUGGUGUACCACACGGUUCAGUCCUGGGACUGUUGUUCAACAUCUUUAUAAACAACUUGGAUGAAAAUGAGAGGAUGCUCAUCAAAUUUGUGGAAGACACCAAGCUGGGAAGGGUGGCUAGUGCAGCAGAAGACAGAACUGGGAUUCAAUAUAACAGAUCUGUAGAGACUGUCAAAUGGAAGAUGAAGCAAUUUUUUUUCCUCCGGCACUGGGGAGUAGCACCCAAACUAAUGGCUUUAAAUUACAAGUAAGGAGAUUCUGAAUAAACAUCAGGAAGAACUUUAUGAUGGUAAGAACUGUUCAACAGCAGAAUUGACUACCUCAGAAGGUUGUGGAUUCUCCUUCCUUGGAGGUUUUUAAGCAGAGGUUGGCUAGCCAAUGGCCAUCUGUCAUGGAUGCUUUAGUUGAGAUUCCUGCAUUGCAGGGAGUUGGACUAGAUGACCCUUGGGAUCACCCCCAACCCCACAAUUCUGUGAUAUCUGUUUUACAAAUGUGAACAAUUACUGAAACCCAGUUCAUGGUACUUGUGUGUUGAUGUUGCUAAAACAGGCUAUGAUCAGGUUUCCACAUAAUAUUGGUGUAGUCAGUGGAAGCAAUCAUAUGAUCCAGAUGGCUUGUGUACUAAAACAACCUAAAACAAAAGUUUCUGGAAUUCUAAUCUAAUUUAAUUAGUAUAUAUUAAAUCAAAUGAAAACAAAAAUAUCAUUUAAGUGCAUGACUCCUACUUGCUCUCAAAUGAAGUAAUCUAAACAGAGGGAAUUUAAACAUAUAUGUUUCCCUAAUUCACACAUACAUGCUGAUGUUCAAAUGCAACUAUUGUCUAUAUUUUUUGGGGGGGGGAUAUUUAUGAUAUUACCAAUGUCUGCAUUUAAAGUCUCAUCCCAUGAUCACUAGCUGUAUUUUUAUGACUCUGCAGAUGUUAGUAGCCUUUAAUAGUAAUGUUAUAAGAGUUUUUUCUCUCUGUACGGAUAAUACCUAAUGCAAUAUUGCAUUUAAUCUCAGCAAAACCUAAUCACAAUGUGUUGCUUAGGUGGUGAAGAAAAAAUAAUGACAUGACGUGUUGAACCUUGAAGGUAUAUUUAGAAAAGGUUUCACGUUUCCAGGAUAUGAAGUCUUUGUUAUUGGUAAUCCACAGUGUGGGAGAAAAAAAACAGCUAAGAUUACCUGCUUGAGACUAAUUGAACAAGGAAACAGCCAGUGUUGCUGAGUAAUUCAAAGACCUAUAACAUCCCUUUGAAGCCUUUAGCAUCCUCCUGAGGAGACAUAUCUAUAUAUUAACAUGCCUGCUGUGGCAUCUGUACCUAAAGACCUAUACCUCUGCACUUCAUUGAAAGAUCUUAACAAAAAGACAGAAGUAAAAGCUGAUAAAACCAGUACAAAGAGUUAUGUACAGAGUGCCCUCAAGAUCUUCAAAGCAGCUGAGGAGUGCCGGUUAGACAGAGAUGAAGAGAAGGCCUAUGUACUUUACAUGAAGUAUGUGACUGUGUAUAAUCUUAUUAAGAAGAGGACAGAUUUCAAACAGCAACAAGAUUACUUUCAUUCAAUGCUUGGACCUACAAACAUAAAAAAGGCUAUUGAAGAAGCUGAAAGACUUUCAGAAAGCCUUAAACUCAGAUAUGAAGAAGCCGAAGUGCGGAAGAAACUGGAAGAAAAGGAAAGGCAAGAGGAGCAACAGUUGAAAAAGCAAGAAUUGAAAGAUGAUACAAAAGUUUUAACCAAAACUUCUUCAGAAGAUUCAUCAGAUCCCAAAGGAAAAAAUCAAAUGAUCAAUGGUGAGAAGAAGAGUUCAACAGAAAUAAAGAAUCAACCUGAAAUCGUAAUUUCUGUCUCCCAAGGAACAAUCACAGCAGAGGAAUUGUUUAAAAUGAUGAUGGACAAAAGCAUCAAGUUGAUGAUAAUGGAUGCUCGGUGCUUGAAGGAUUACCAGGAGUCCUGCAUUGCAAACUCUGUCUGCGUUCCAGAAGAAGCUAUCAGUCCUGGAGUCACUGCUAACAAGAUUGAGGCUAAACUCCCAGAUACAUCUAAAGAACCAUGGAAGGAGAGAGGACAAGUUGAUUAUGUUGUUCUGCUUGACUGGUUUAGUUCAGCCAAAGACUUGCAAUUAGGAACACCUCUGCGGAGCCUCAAAGAUGCCCUUUUCAAGUGGGAAAGUAAAGCUGUACUGAAGAAUGAGCCCUUGGUCUUGGAAGGGGGUUAUGAGAACUGGCUCCUUUGCUAUCCCCAGUAUACAACAAAUGCCAAAGUAACUCCACCACAACAUGACAGGAAUGAAGCCAUUUCUGUCUCUUUGGAUUUUACUUACCCAUCUUUGGAAGAACCAGCUCCAUCUCCAGUACCUGUUGUCCAUGUAAAACCUUCUGUGGUGGAAGUUACCGAAAGACCUAAUAUUGCAAACAAUCAGGAAGAGAGAGUGGACACGUUUCAACCACCAACUCCUUGUGGAUCAACUGCUACUCCUGCUAAGUCUGAAAACCUACCUGCCAUAGUCCAACCAGUGUCUGCAGUAAAGAUUAUUCCUCAGAUUGAUCGUACAAAAAAGCCUUCAGCAAAAAUACCAGACACUGAUAACAGGCCAAGAGCUGAAAGCCCAACCAUUGGCAAGCAGCUAAUUUCAAAUGGCAGAGUGGUUCCAGAUCGUUCCACAAAGCCUCCCUUGGAUGCUAAGCCCAGUCUGAAAGAGGAGGAGAAAGGCCACCUACCAGCGGAAAAGGCUUCCCAGUUGGAAAAAAGCAAGCAAGAAAAAGAACUGCAGGAGAAGCAACAGGAAGAACAGAGAGAGAAGCUGAGGCAGGAGAAGCAAGAACAAGAGCAGAGAGCGAGAGAGGAGCAGAGGGAGAAGGAAGACAGGGAGCAUCUCCAGAAAGCAAAAGAUAAAAAGGGAGAAAAAGACCAGCCGGCCAACAAAGGGGCAGCUGAGAAGCAAGAGGUGGAGAAUGCGCCCAAGGAGCUCACAGACAUGAAAAAAGGAAGCAAAACCGAAAAUGAAUCCCCUGAAGUCAGAAAACCGGACACUGACAAAAUUGCUGUGAGUGAAAAAGACAAGGUUACCUGGACACCAGAAAUGCAAAGGCGCAGAUUUGCAGAGGAGUCCCGGGCGUCCAUGAGGGUGGAUUCUGGCUCAAGCAAGCAGACUGUGGUUACAGGACAACCAGAAAGAGACACUCAAAAGCCAGAAGCCAUUAGAGAUGAUACUGAACAAGACUCUGAAAAAAAUAAAUUUCAGCGGGAGCCACUAACAAGGGCACGAAGUGAGGAGAUGGGGAGGAUAAUACCAGGACUGCCCCUUGGUUGGGUCAAGUUUCUGGAGCCAGUCACGGGGACUUUUCGUUACUACCACACUCCAACAAAUACAGUUCACAUGUAUCCACCAGAAAUGACUCAAUCAGCCACCCCACCAUCGACCCCACCGACACAUAAACCAAAGACUCAGGCUGUUGAUCAGCGGGAAAGGGAACAUUCCAAAUUAAAGCGCUCUUACUCCUCGCCAGACAUAACUCAGGCCAUUCAAGAGGAAGAGACAAAGAAAAUCACCGUCAAGCCUACUAUAAACCGUGAGAACAAACCAGUAAGCUAUCCUAAAACUGAAAUCUCCAGGCUCUCUGCAUCUCAGAUUCGUAAUCUCAACCCUGUAUUUGGUGGAAUGGGACCAGCUCUGACGGGCCUCCGUAAUUUGGGAAACACUUGCUAUAUGAACUCUGUGUUACAGUGCCUGUGUAAUGCACCACACCUGGCUGAUUAUUUCAACAGAAACUUGUAUCAAGAUGAUAUCAACCGGUCAAAUUUCUUAGGGCACAAAGGUGAAAUUGCUGAGGAGUUUGGCAUUAUCGUAAAAGCUCUCUGGACAGGACAAUACAGAUAUAUCAGUCCAAAAGACUUUAAAUUCACCAUUGGGAAGAUCAAUGACCAAUUUGCAGGGUACAGCCAGCAAGACUCUCAAGAAUUGCUUCUGUUCUUAAUGGAUGGUCUACAUGAAGAUUUAAAUAAAGCUGACAACAGAAAACGUUACAAAGAAGAAAAUAAUGAACAUCUGGAUGACUUCAAAGCUGCGGAACUUGCCUGGCACAAACACAAACUACUCAAUGAAUCAGUUAUCGUUGCUCUCUUCCAAGGACAGUUCAAAUCCACAGUUCAGUGUCUUACGUGUCACAAAAAGUCUCGGACCUUUGAGGCUUUUAUGCAUUUGUCCUUGCCACUUGCAUCUACCAGUAAAUGCACCCUACAGGAAUGCCUUAGAUUAUUCUCCAAAGAAGAAAAACUGACGGAUAACAAUAGAUUUCAUUGCAGUCAUUGCAAAACCCGAAGAGAUUCUUUGAAAAAGUUAGAAAUCUGGAAGCUGCCCCCCGUUUUGCUAGUGCACUUAAAGCGGUUUUCUUACGAUGGACGGUGGAAGCAAAAGCUUCAGUCAUCAGUGGACUUCCCAUUGGAAAACCUUGACUUAUCACAAUAUGUUAUUGGCCCAAAGAGUAACUUGAAGAGAUACAACCUGUUUGCAGUAUCUAAUCAUUACGGAGGGCUGGAUGGAGGACAUUACACAGCCUACUGCAAAAAUGCUGCCAAACAGCGAUGGUAUAAGUUUGAUGAUCAUGAAGUCUCGGACAUCUCUGCAUCCUCUGUGAAAUCCUCAGCUGCUUAUAUCCUCCUUUACACUUCUUUUGAACAGCGAACCGCCGAUAUAGCCACAUAAAGAAACAUUUGAAGAAUAUUGGUGUCUUUUUGUAAAUGCAUCCUAUAAUAAGCUGAGCUGUGAUGAGUAAAAGGUCCGUUGCUGAGGAAGAAGAUGUCUGCAGCGGUUUCUCAGCUGAGGUGUCUGUUAGUGCUAUUGCUUAGUCCAAAAAUUGUUAACUCUGCUGUUUAAUAAUAUGGAACUACUAGAUUUGAAAUGACUUAUUUUUAGUAAUGCUCCAAAAUGAUAAAUCUAGCUUAGCCAUUUUUAAAAGUCAUUAAUAUAUGGGUUUAAAAUGCCCCUGAACCCAACAAUAUCUUUUUUGUCUCCCACAUUUAUGCCUUUUCACACUAACCUUAAGCUUGAUUCUACUGUGAAUAUCUUAGAAUGAUAUAAACAGGUAGGAAUGUAUGUGUACAUAUUGAUUGCACACUUGCACAUGCAAACUAUGUAUAUAAUAAAGGUAUGUGGUCCUUUGAGAACCACUAGAACAGAAAGGGGGUGGCUUUUGUUUUUCUUACAGAUAAGGAAGAGCACAGCUGUAUUUUUUUGUUUGUUUGAGCUAUGACAUUGAUACCUGCACACACCCUACAAUGUGUAUAUUAGAGAAUUGAUAUUUUCCUUUUUAAUAACUUAUUGAAGUAAUUAUUUGAAAAUACGAUGGCCUGUUAAAGAACUUCUUUGCCUGUUUUGGACACUUGACAAGUUUGGAUUUUUGGCUUUCCCUUACUCCUUGUGAAAAUAAUCCCAUCUAGAUCCCAAAGAGUGGUAUUAUGAUGGGAGGGGAGGGCACUGUUACCCUGCGUUGCCUGAGCCUUACACUGGGUACAACUUGAGUGGAUGAAGGCGGUCACUUCCUGCUGUCAUUAGCUCUCCUCCUGACAGGGCCAUAAUUGGUCCAGCUUAAUAAUACUUGUUUUGAGUGUCUGUGCCCCUUUUAAGGCUUGUGGGUCUAUAUCCCUGGGUCUCAAAGGUCUGCUAUAUAUAUGCAUAUGUAUAUAACCCAUUUAAAAUUAUAUUUCAUCUUGGAUUCUGUAAUAAUAAUAAAAAACAACACUCCUUUAGA